AUGGAGUUAGUGUGUGUAUAUAUGUUUAGUAUUUAACGUUAAAUUGUUUUCUAAACGCCGUUAUGCCGCUGUUUGUAGAAAAUCCCGCUCAGUUUUCUAAACAGCGCCUGAAGUCGGAGUUAAUUUCCCAUAAUGUGGAGCUCCCACCUGCAGAGAGUGAAAAACAGGCUUAUCUGGAGGUUUACAUGAAGCAUGUGGGGAAUAAAAACAGUGCUGAUUUCUCUAGUGAUGAAGAGGAGCAGGUCCAAAAUGGACAUGGAGAGGAAGAGAGAGGAGAGGAUUCAGACAUGGUGGAUCUGAGCUCACUGACUGAUGGUCAGUUAAAACAUAGACUGCUUCAGUAUGGAGUCAAAGCUGGACCGAUUGUAGCUAGCACUCGAGCGUUGUACGAGAAGAAGCUGCACAAGAUGAUGACCCAGCACUCACAGCACAGUAUCAGCAAUAAAGAUGAUGAUGGGAAAUACUCUGAUAGUGAGGAAGAGUCUGGCUCAGAACCGCUUGGCCCAGAGAGUGUGUCCCAUACUAAUCUAAGUGCAACUCCAAGUACGGUGGGGAUGAACAAUCGGAGCAAAGAAACAUUUUAUCCUCAGUGCUUUUAUCCCCCUCUGAGACCGGGGAAGAAUCAAGAGAUGUCACUGGAGAGCAUCCAAAGCAGCUCCCUGUCCUUCAGCAUCACACAGCUCGUGGAGGAGGGGAGUAUUGAAAACAGGCUGAGUCCUCCAUCAAAAUCAGCAGAGGAGAAGAGAAGCUGUAGCCAGACAGCAGUGGCAAGCAAGGCACUUUAUGACUUUCAGCAGCUCAGCAAAAGUACAGCAGAUAUGUCUCUCUAUCUGACCCCGGAGUAUUCGCCUCUUCAGAAACGGACCACUACAACAAAACCAGCAAUUGAAGCUGUGACUGAUGUUCUGAGGGAGAUGUUCCCAGACACUGCACUUACUCCAACUGGGAUCACUGCCACCAAGAGACGGUCUAUAAAGGGGGCAGCAGGUCGUCCUGUACAGUUCAAAUACCUGGAAACCCCACUGAGUCCUGCCACACUGGAGAGACGGGACAUCGAGCAGCGUCUGGUUCCUCUGUGGGUGCAGAUUGUGGUGUUCAUUUUGGUGGCUGCUCUCCUAUGCUUCAUUUACAUAUCGAUGGAAGAAUCACUGGAGAAUCCCUUCAGCACGUUGCCAAACAGCCUGAGUCAGGAGCCGGGUAGCGAUGACCUUGAACUUGUCCCUAACUCUCAGGACACACGCACCUGAGACAGGGUGUGUGUGUUGGACUGGCUUGCAUAGAAUUUCAUAGUAAUCCCGGAGUUGCAGAAGUCAAAUAAACCUAGCUGUAUAUAGUUUCUGUUGGUAUAUUUACUUGUGUGGGCUUUUACCUUGUUGCAGGUUAUCUACUGCUCACUUAAGCAGGAUCAAUAAAAUGACCUGGUGAAGUCUUGGUUGAAGAGCCACAGUGUUGGGUCACAAUAUAUUUAUAUGCAAGUCUU